AUGGAAGCUUUCACCUUGCUCAAAUACUGGAGAGGCGGUGGCGCUCUCGGAAUCCCACCUUCCUCCGACACUUCCUCUUCACGCGCUGCCCCCACCACCACCACCACUAUCCUCACCGCCGUCGAAAAUGAAAAUGCAUCCGAAAGCGACGAGGACAACGACAACGACGACGAAGGUCCCUUCUUCGACUUAGAAUUCACCGUUCCCGACGAAGAAGCUAGCGAAAAUUCAAACGCCAACCGCACCCAAGAAGACGAGGAAGAAGAUAUAAACAUCGAAGAAUCUGACGGCGAGAGAGAGUUUAAGUUUACUCUGUCCCCUUCCAGCAACGAUCGUAGUGAUCCGAACCUUUCGCUGUCUCCUUCGGAGGAUCUGUUCUUCAAGGGAAAGCUGGUGCACGUGGACCCUUCCUCCUUCUCCGAAACUAACGCCAAGCCUCAGUUCACCGCCUCCCUGCUAAAAUCCGCCACCAAAUUCCGCGUCUUCAUGUUGGGCCUCAAGAAGCCCAAGCCCACUGACAAGGACAAAGAUCCCAACUCCUCCAACAACGCUUCCGAUUCCGCGAACCCAGAGGCCCACAAAGACAAGAAGCACUUCACCGUCAAAUUCAAAGUGGAAGAGGUCCCCAUCGUCUCUCUCUUUACCUCCAAAGGGAACAACAAAACCCAAAAACACACUUCCCAUGAACAUCAUCAACAACAACAACAACACCCUUCCGAAGAGAAACGUUUCUCCAAAGAAGUCAUGCAAAAGUAUUUCAAAAUGGUUAAGCCUCUCUACAUUAGAGUCUCCCGCCGCUACGCCGACAAGCUCGCCUUAAACUCCGCCGCUAAAUCACCGGUUCCGCCGCCCACGCCCGAACCAGAACCUAUUGUCGGCGCCGAAACCAACCUCAAGACAACUCAAACUCAAAAACUAUCUGCAGGGCUUAGUGUUGUGUGCAAACAUUUAGGGAAAAGCCGUUCGGCGUCUUCGGCGGUGGCGGCCGCGCCGACGCCGUUUGUGUCCUCAAAACGGCGCGAUGAUUCGCUGUUGCAGCAACAGGAUGGGAUUCAAGGAGCCAUUUUACACUGCAAGAGAUCCUUCAAUGCUUCCAGAGCUGAGUGCGAGUCUUCACAGCUUCCGCGUUCUGUGAGCCAUCCGUCGCACGAAAUAUCCAUGAAUGAGGGCAAUGAGAAGCGCCUUUCGACAUGA